AUGUUUGUAGCGAGUGUUUCUUUCUCUGUAAUGCAAGUUGCGUUUUUACAGGAGAAGACACUAAUAGCUACUAUUGCGAGUUCAGGUUAUGGCCGUCAAUCCAUUCCAGAAAGCAGAGUAAAGGUUGAAAAGUUCGUAAGUGAUGCAGAGAGAAGGCAAGCAUCACACAGUGAGACACCUGUAGAUGCUCUGGUUUUGGUAAUGGGAGCCCAAAAGCCUGAAUCGUGGAGCUUCAUCUUUAAGAAAUGGAUGAUGAACAAAACUGGCAUUUAUGUGUUAAUCAAAAACUGGGCCAAAUUGGUGGUGGACAAAAAAUUACAAGAGGGUGAUACAGUCCAGAUCUGGUCCUUCAGAAGUUUACCAAAUGGAGGACGGAAGAAGCUUUGUUUUGCAAUUAAUGUUCUUCAGGGAUGA